UUAAAUCAACUAUUUGAGGUGCAGGCUAAAGCCAAAUGGCAACAGCUGAGAACAAGCCGCCCGCCCCAGCAGAGCAGCAGACGAAGCAGCAGCCCCAGCAACAGCAGCAGCAGAAGAAGCGAAACUAUGAGACGGACAGCGAGAUUCCCUGUUGCUGUCGCCUGCGCUUCUUUGUGACGUUCAUGCUGUUCCUGGGCAUGGCCAAUGCCUAUGUGAUGCGCACGAAUAUGUCGGUGGCCAUUGUGGCGAUGGUCAAUCAUACGGCCAUUGAGGGCAAGGACGCGGACGCGGAUGCGGACGCGGACGCGGACUCGCAUGGCGGCGACUUUGAGUGGAGCUACCAGCUGCAGGGCUACAUACUGGCGAGCUUCUUCUAUGGCUAUGUGAUAACCCAAAUACCCUUUGGCUUUCUGAUCAAAAACUAUGGCGCCAAGCACUUCCUGGGCUGGGGCAUGCUGAUCAAUUCGCUGGUGGCCUUCCUGGUGCCAGUGGCUGCACGCAAGGGCGGACCCAUUUGGCUGUGUGCGGUGCGUUUGCUGCAGGGUCUGGGCGAGGGGCCCAUUGUGCCCUGCACGCAUGCGAUGCUGGCCAACUGGAUACCGCCCACGGAGCGUUCGCGCGCCGGCGCCGCUGUCUAUGCGGGCGCGCAGUUUGGCACUAUCGUGAGCAUGCCGCUCAGUGGGCUGCUGGCUGCGCAUGGAUUCGCCGGCGGCUGGCCCUCCAUUUUCUAUGUCUUUGGCGCGGCCAGCACGCUUUGGUGCAUAUUCUUUCUAUGGCUGGUGGACGACAAUCCGCAGAAGAGCAAACGCAUACGCGAGGUGGAGCGUGCGCACAUCGUUUCGUCCAUUUGGAGCGCGCAGUCGGAGCAGACGCUGGCGCGCAUUCCACUCGGCAGCAUCUUUAGCUCGAUGGCGUUCUGGGCGAUUAUGGCAGCGCAUGCGGGACACAACUAUGGCUAUGAAACGCUAAUGACUAUGCUGCCCACUUACAUAGCGCGCAUACUGCAUGUGAAGAUCAAGGAGAACGGGCUGCUCUCGGGGCUGCCCUACCUGGCCAUGUGGCUGAUGGCGCUGCUCUUUGGCUUCAGCGCCGAUUAUCUCAUUCGGCGCAAUGUCGGCGUCACCAGCACGCGCAAGCUGAUGAACAGCUUCGGACUCUAUGGACCCGCAUUGUGUCUGCUUGCGGUUGGCUAUGUGCAGCAGAGUCUUGCCUGGACUAUGGUCAUCUUCACCAUUGGCAUGGGGCUCAAUGGCGCCAUUUACUCCGGCUUCAAGAUCAACCAUUUGGAUCUAUCGCCCGCUUAUGCAGGCUUACUCAUUGCCAUCACCAACUGCACAGCCAAUCUGAUUGGACUCACUGCUCCGAUGAUAGCUGGCAAUAUUAUACACAACGAUCCCAGCAUUGCCAGCUGGCGUCUGGUGUUUCUCAUUGCCGCCAUUGUCUAUUUGGUGUGCGCCACCAUCUACAACAUCUUUGGCUCUGGCCAACGCAAAUGGUAGAAGCCAUCAAUCAAACUGAGGCUCCUCGUCACUUAACUUCACAUUUAUGUCAUAGUUUAUACGUUUAUUUAAUGCCGCACGCACACGCCUGCUGCUAAUUAUCCAAAGACGCCAGCAGCGACAUCAAACCACCGACCAUAAAUCAUCGAAAGCAGCAGCAGCAGCAACAAAAAACUAACUGACCCCCACCCAGGCCACAAUUUAUGCCGCCUCAUAAUAAAAGUUCUGUGACAACGCAAAAGGCAAAGCCGCAAUUUUCAACAUUAGUAGCGCUCAAAAUUGUUUGCUCAUUUCAUUAAUUAUAGUAACGCACUAA